GCGAUGACCGCCAAGCUGGCCGGACCCCCGGAUGGGGGCUGGGGCUGGGUGGUGGCAGCCGCGGCCUUCCUGGUAAACGGGCUCUCCUACGGGAUCCUGCGUUCGCUGGGCCUUGCCCUCCCUGACCUCGCCGAGCACUUUGACCGAAGCGCCCAGGACACGGCGUGGGUCAGCGCCCUGGCCCUGGCCGUGCAGCAGGCUGCCAGCCCAGUGGGCAGCGCCCUGAGCACGCGCUGGGGGUCGCGCCCCGUGGUGAUGGUCGGGGGCGUCCUCACCUCGCUGGGCUUCGUCUUCUCGGCUUUCGCCGGGAGUCUGCUGCACCUGUACCUCGGCCUGGGCCUCCUCGCCGGCUGCGGCUGGGCGCUGGCCUUCGCGCCCGCGCUGGGCACCCUCUCGCGCUACUUCUCCAGCCGUCGAGUGCUGGCGGUGGGGCUGGCGCUCACGGGCAACGGGGCCUCGUCGCUGCUGCUGGCGCCCGCCCUGCAGCUCCUGCUGGACACGUUUGGCUGGCGGGGUGCCCUGCUCCUCCUGGGCGCUGUCACCCUCCACCUCACUCCCUGUGGUGCCCUGCUGCGACCCCUGGCCCUCCCUGGCGACUCGGCGAGCCCUCCCCGGGGCCCCGUGGCAGCCCUGGGCCUGGGUCUCUUCACUCGCCGGGCCUUCACAGUCUUCGCUUUGGGCACGGCCGUCAUCGGGGGAGGGUACUUCGUACCCUAUGUGCACUUGGCCCCCCACGCCUUAGAUCGGGGUCUGGGCGGGUACGGGGCGGCGCUGGUGGUGGCGGUGGCCGCGGUGGGGGAUGCGGGCGCCCGGCUGGUCUGCGGGUGGCUGGCGGACCAGGGCUGGGUGCCUCUCCCGCGACUGCUGGCUGUGUUCGGGACUCUGACCGGACUGGCGGUGCUGGCGGUGGGUCUGGUCCCCGGGGUUAGGAGUGAGGAGGGCUGGGGGGGACCCCUGCUGGCCGCCGCUGGCGCCUACGGACUGAGCGCCGGGAGCUACGCCCCGCUAGUGUUCGGCGUGCUCCCGGGACUGGUGGGCCUCGGAGGAGUGGUGCAGGCCACCGGGCUGGUGAUGAUGCUGAUGAGUCUGGGGGGCCUCCUGGGCCCCCCGCUGUCAGGUUUCCUAAGGGACCAAACGGGAAACUUCACCUCGUCUUUCCUAGUAUGCAGCUCAUUCAUCCUCUUGGGCAGCUUCAUCUACAUGGCACUGCCGGGGGCACUGCCUUCCUGCAGGCCAGCCUCACCUCCAGCCACGCCUCCCCCAGAAAGAGGGGAGCUGCUUCCCGCCCCUCAGGUAGCCCUGCAUCCCCCAGGAGGCCCGCCGGCCACACUGGACACCACUUGUUGACCACUUCUUGUUGGAACCCAUCCCCCCCAAUAAAGGCUUUUUAUCUGA